ACACAGUUAUACACAACCAAUCUCUCUCCCUCUCUCUCUCUCUCUCUCCCUCUCUCUCUCUCUCUCUCUCUCUCUCUCUCUCUCUCUCUGUCUCUCUGAAUAUCUCGUUCAAGUUUAACAAGAUGUGUGUUACCAACACAAACUCAAGCAUGGCUGUUGUUUCCUCCAACACAUCUCAGAAGCCUCUCAACCCAUACGCCAGACCUUUCAUAACAUCAGCUGCAACUGCCACGGCACCGCCAUACAAACCCCUCUUUCCACUCACCCCUGUUGCAGUAUAUCCUCAUUUGCUAUGUUCUUCUGCUCUUCGUCACCCCAUUCUCAAAUGCCCCACCAAACCAAAGCCUAUCAACUACAACAAUCCCAACCAACGCUCCGCUUCUUUCAAGCUUGCUCAUCCCAAAACAAUGAGGCUGACUCACAAAAGGUUUCCUAAGUCUCGAGGUUCACGUCUGGUCCUGCCACCGAGGCUGCGAAUCCCUGCGCCGGCGCCGGCGCCGGAGAAGAUGACAUGGCGGAAGAAGUCAGUGAGUGAAGCUGCGGAGCCUGGAGACUGCAAGAAGACCAGUGUCAUGAUGAGAAACAUUCCAAACCAGUACAAAAGGGAUGAUCUGAUGGAGUUCAUUGACAAGUUCUGUCUGGAGAACAAUAUGCAAUAUGACUUUCUUUACCUUCCAAUGGAUUUCAAGAGGCACAACAACAAAGGCUAUGCCUUCAUCAACUUCACCAAGGCAAGCCAUGCCAGGGUGUUUCAGGACCUGAUGAAUGGAUACAAAUGGGGCUGGGUCCAUUUGAGAAAUUGCAACUUCAAGUCCUCCAAAACCUGUGAGAUAGCCUGGGCCAAAAUUCAGGGAAAGAAUGGGCUGGUGAGGCACUUCUCAAACAGCAACUUCCCUUGUUUCACCAAAAAGUACCUCCCUGUACAACUGAGCCCUCCAAGAAAUGGCUCAUCAUCUCCUUCAACCCUGACCAUUGUUGGUAGGUGUUUGAGGGGCAGGUAAAAAAGCAAGUUGUCAUCCAAACAGCCCCUAUGUUCUGUCUUGGUAUGUGUUGUGGGUUUGGAUAGAUUUUCUUCUUUUAAGGUUUAGAUCAUGAUUACUGAAAUCUAGGGUUUGGUGAAGGAAGUGGCUUUUUUUGUGAAAUGGGGGCUGUUGGGAUGAGGGGUUACUUGUUACUGUAGGCUAGGGGUUUAGCUAGAUCAUGUAGUGUGUGGAAGCAUGCUUUAAGGAUUGUUUGGAUGUAGGUUAAGUUUUGCUUUGUAACCUGUGUUUUCAUUAUCUCCCCCUUGAUUUUUUAAGUCUGUACCUGUGGCGUGUUUGGUUGGACUUUAAAUCUGGGGUGAAUUGGAAACACGGGUGUAGAAGCUUAAUGUUGUGUCCAAAGCCUUGUAAGAACCAUAGAUUAAUGUUAUGUUAUUCACUUA